AAUCCACUUCAGUACCUACAGAAAUACACACACUGGGAGCUUGAACUUUACCAUUGCUCUUGUUCGGAUGAGUCCAGCAGUGAAUCGGAGAUCGCCAUCUCGGCGUGGUUCAUCGGAGCGUUCGGAGUCUCCAGUGAGGGGACGGGGUUCUCCUCGUAGGAGGAGUCCAUCUCGUAGAGAAAGGUCCCCUGCUCGACAAAGGAGUUCUCCGAAAACCAGGUCUCCUGUUGGUAGAACCAAUUCAUCCCACAAAGCGAGGUCGCCCGCAAGAGAGAAGCUUUCAUCUCGAGAUAGGUCCCCGAAAAAUGCGCGGUCGACUUCACCCGUUUCGGGUUCUCCUUCACCGCGUACGAAACGUCUAAGGCGAGAACAAGCCCAGCGAGAGGAGGAAAGAGUCUCUGAAAGGGAACGCGAGAGGAAUGGGAGCAGUAGGGAUAGUGACAAUGUGAGGCAUAAGGAUAGGAGUGUAGACAGAGAAGUUCCCAGCGGUAGAAGUGAGAGAAGGUCAACAAGGGAUAAAGUUAAUGGAGGAGGUUCUUCUAGGUCAAAACGUGAGCGGUCAACCUCGCCGAGUGAUCGUGGACGCAGGAACAGACAUAGUUCUCGCUCUCCUCCCAGGGCUAAGACUGAAGCACGUCACGAGGUAACAAACUCAAGAGAAGAUGAACAGUAUAGCAGGGAUAGUGAGAAUGAUUCAAUAGCUAAGAUGAAGGCUGCUGAGGAGGCUCUAGAAACCAAGCAGAAGCAAAAACCUUCAUUUGAGCUGUCUGGGAAGCUUGCUGCAGAAACAAAUCGAGUAAGGGGUGUGACAAUGCUAUUUAAUGAGCCACCAGAUGCACGCAAGCCAGACAUAAGAUGGAGACUAUAUGUUUUCAAGGCUGGUGAAGUGCUCAAUGAGCCCCUUUACAUACAUCGCCAGAGCUGUUACCUUUUUGGGAGAGAAAGAAGGGUGGCAGACAUCCCUACAGAUCACCCUUCCUGUAGCAAGCAACAUGCUGUCGUUCAGUUCCGGCAAGUGGAAAAAGAGCAACCUGAUGGCAGAUUGUUAAAGCAACCGAGAGUAUGUAAUGUUGCACGAGAACUCAGUGGAGUAAUGAGUAUGGAUAUGGCCUGUGGAGCCCUCGAACUAAUUCACUGCGAUUGUGCUCUUUGGCACACUAAAGAUCCAGGGAUGUUCCACUUGCACAAUUGUAGGUUCUGCCUGUUGCAAGGCAUUCACAAUCCAAUUCAACUGUUUCAAGCUUUUCGGUUCUGGCUACUAAAUAGUGGUUCUAACUUUAGAUUGUGCAGAUUUAUCCCCUUUAUGGUUGAAGCUCCUGAAACUACAAGGAUAUUCUGUAAAAUGCUGAAUUUUAUGAACCAGAUAGCGUUAGCCGUGGCCAUUUUAGAGCAAGUUCUGUUUUAUUUGCUCUUGCCUUCCAGAAUGCAAGUAGAUAAUCUGACGAGGUUUAAUCAUCUGAAAGCCAUUAUCUGAGUAUAGAUUUCUUUUGGACUAAGAUAUUCCUGUCAAUUUUUGGGUAUAUUUGUCUUGGGUUGCGGUGAUUUUCUU